AUGAAAUACGUUAUAGUGUCCGGUGGUGUGAUCUCAGGGAUCGGGAAAGGUGUGCUAGCGUCCUCGACCGGGAUGCUGCUGAAAACGCUUGGUUUGAGAGUGACAUCGAUCAAGAUUGACCCAUACAUGAACAUCGAUGCCGGGACGAUGUCGCCGCUGGAACACGGUGAAUGCUUUGUUUUGAACGACGGAGGUGAAACCGAUUUGGAUCUGGGCAACUACGAACGGUAUCUUGGUGUGACUUUGACCAAGGACCACAACAUCACAACCGGUAAAGUGUACUCGCACGUCAUCUCUCGUGAACGUAAGGGCGAUUAUCUGGGCAAAACCGUGCAAGUGGUGCCUCAUUUGACGGAUGCGAUCCAGGACUGGAUCGAACGUGUGGCCAGAGUGCCCGUGGACGACUCUGGGAAAGAACCAGAGGUGUGCAUCAUCGAAUUGGGUGGUACUGUAGGUGACAUUGAAAGCGCACCUUUCGUGGAAGCGCUCAGACAGUUCCAGUUCCGUGUGGGCAAGGAAAACUUCUCCUUGAUCCAUGUGUCGCUCGUGCCUGUUAUCCACGGCGAGCAAAAAACCAAACCAACACAGGCUGCCAUCAAAGACCUCCGUUCGCUAGGUUUGAACCCAGAUAUGAUUGCAUGCCGUUGCUCUGAGAAAUUGGACGACCCAACCAUCAACAAGAUCGCCAUGUUCUGCCAUGUGGGCCCCGAACAAGUUGUCAACGUCCACGACGUGAACUCGACUUACCACGUUCCGCUAUUGUUGUUGGAACAGAAAAUGAUUGACUACCUCAGCAAGCGUUUGAGACUUGAUGAAUUGACUCUAAACGCUGAUGAGAAAAAGCGCGGGGAAAGCCUGUUGCGGAGAUGGAAGGACCUCACAACCUCGAUCGACGAGUCCUUUGAGUGUGUCAAGAUCGCUCUGGUCGGCAAAUACACCAAUUUGAAGGACUCUUAUUUGUCAGUUAUCAAAUCCUUGGAGCACUCGAGCAUGAGAUGUCGCCGCAGAUUGGAAAUCGUGUGGGUUGAAGCUUCCGAUUUGGAACCUGAGACCAACGAGUCUGAAAAGAACAAGUUCCACACCGCAUGGAACAAGUUAAGCUCAGCUGACGGUAUCUUGGUGCCAGGUGGUUUCGGCCACAGAGGUGUUGAGGGUAUGAUUUUGGCAGCCAAAUGGGCUCGUGAAAACAGUGUGCCUUACUUAGGUGUUUGUUUGGGUCUGCAAGUGGCGACUUUGGAAUUUGCUCGCAACGUUUUGGGCAAAAAGGACAUAACUUCUGCCGAAUUCGAUCUAGAUUGCCCUGAGGAGAAUCAAGGUGUUGUGUACAUGCCUGAAAUCGACAAGGAAAACAUGGGAGGAACCAUGCGUCUAGGAUUGAGGCCUACGAUUUUCCAAGCAGACUCUGAAUGGUCCAAGAUUCGCAAAUUGUACGAUGAUGCCAGCGAGGUUCACGAAAGACAUCGUCAUCGUUACGAGGUUAACCCUAAACUGGUCCCACAAUUAGAAGAGCACGGGUUCAUGUUUGUGGGAAGAGACGAGACGGGUCAAAGAUGCGAGAUUCUCGAACUACGCAACCAUCCUUACUUCGUGGCUACUCAAUACCAUCCAGAGUACAUGUCGAAGGUCUUGGAUCCAUCGCAACCUUUCUUGGGACUGAUAGCCGCUUCCGGUGGCGUCUUGGACAAACUAAUGGCCGAGGAAAAGAACUCUCAAGAGCGUGCUGAUUUUUGA